CCGCUGCCACGUCGUCAGCCCGCGGCUUGCUCCCACCAACUCACCGGCGAGGCGCAUCUCGUUUCGCCGCGGCGGUGCGGUAUAUAGCCGGGACGAGCCCCCACCGCCCCCAGCAAAUCACAGAACUGAGAAAAGGGAAAGUGGGAGGGGAAAGGGGAGAAAUAUUUUUGCGGCAGCAACCGGGCGAGAGAGAGAGAGAGAGAGAGAGAGCGGCAGCGACCAUCCCCCGACAUGACACCGCAUCUGCCCGUGUCAUCCUCCCAUCCCGCCGCGCAGUGCCGCCUGCUAGACUCGCCGCCGCCGCCGCACCACCGCCGACGGAGGCGGCGCCGGGUGUGUGGGGGCCCGCCGCUGCCGCCGCGCCGCCCGCGGGCGCCCGUCCGUUGCUGUGCGGCCACCGCGCCGGCGCCUCGGACGCGGGUGUUCGUGGUGUCCGACCUCCACACCGACUACCCGGCGAACAUGGAUUGGGUGCGGCGGCUCCCGGCCGAGGUCGGGGCGCGGGUAGGCGGAGGAGGGGUGGACGCGCUCGUCGUGGCCGGGGACGUGGCGGAGACGCGGGACAAUUUCGUACGCACCAUGAAGGUACUCAGGGAGCGGUUCGGGGCCGUCUGCUACGUGCCGGGGAACCACGACCUCUGGCUGCGCCGCGAGGGCGGCCGCUACAUGGAUUCGCUGGAGAAACUGACUGCAUUGCUUGAUGCGUGUAGUGAUCUGGGUGUGGAUACAGGCCCAAGAAUGAUAGGUGACUUGGGAAUCAUACCGUUAUAUUCAUGGUAUCACAAGAGCUUUGACAAGGAAAAGGAUGUUAAUAGUGUGCGCGUUCCUUCAUUAGAGAUGGCUUGUAAAGAUUUUCAUGCUUGUCAGUGGCCUGCUGACCUGGCAAACGAUGAUGAAGCUCUCGCUCUUUACUUUGACAAACUGAAUGACAAGAAUCAUGAUGCUAUUGAAGAAGUAAAAAAUACCAGCAAACAAAUACUAACAUUUUCACAUUUUGUACCAAGGCAAGAGUUAUGUCCAGAGAAGCGGAUGCUUUAUUACCCAUACCUUCCGAAGGUUAUUGGCUCUGACCUUUUGGAGAGGAGACUGAGAGCUAUACACAGUAACAGAAAAGAUGGAUCAGCUUGCCAUGUUUUUGGACAUACUCAUUUCUGUUGGGAUUCUGUGGUUGAUGAGAUCAGGUAUAUACAAGCACCUCUGGCAUACCCUCGAGAAAGAAAACGGAGGAUGAACGGCGGCGAAGGGUGGCUGCCAUUUUGUGUGUACCGUGAUGGUUUCAACCCUGAAAUAUACCCGGCUUUGUGGUCAGACUACUACAACAAGAACAAAAGGGAGCCUGAGAACACCCAGCUCGCGCCGUGGGUCGCCAGACAUUUCGCGAAGUACCACAAGUUUCACUGACCCCUACUCCCAAAUCCCUCAUGUUUUGCCGAAUUCGAUACGGAUAAUCUAUUCAGGGCAGUGUGAAGCCUGCAUUUACCUGAAGUUAAAAAGAGAUUUUAGCGUCUUACCUGUACAUGUUCUUUUUGGUUUUGCCUUUUUCUUGUUUCCACUCUUACCCUAUAACUUUUGGGCACUUAAGCGCCCGCUUCCGUUCAAUAUUUCAAUGUAUGUUGCAGAAAAACGUGUAAAGAUUCUUUGAAGCCUUGCUGCAGAGUAACAGAGAUAGUGACAUUUAGCUGGUUCUGUUCA